AUGUAUUACAACUUGAAAGCACUGAUCAAGGCCAUCAGAGCUACCAAGACUCUGGCCGAUGAGCGUUCCGUCAUUCAAAAGGAGAGCGCUGCGAUUCGGACCAGUUUCAAGGAGGAGGAAACUGCCUACAGGUACAAUAAUGUGGCGAAAUUACUCUACAUACACAUGCUCGGUCACCCAGCUCAUUUUGGCCAGAUAGAAUGUUUGAAACUAGUAGCCCAACCAAGGUUUGCGGAUAAACGGCUGGGCUACCUUGGAAUCAUGCUGCUCUUGGACGAAAGUCAGGAGGUGCUAACUCUGGUAACCAAUAGUUUGAAGAAUGACAUGAAUCAUGCCAAUAUGUAUAUUGUCGGUCUUGCGCUUUGUACGUUUGCUAACAUUAGCUCCGAAGAAAUGUCUCGAGACUUGGUCAACGAGGUCGAGAAACUGAUCGGAAGUAGCAACACAUAUAUUCGCAAGAAGGCGGCUCUCUGCGCGACCCGAAUCAUCAAAAAAGUGCCGGAAUUACUCGAUCACUUCAUCACCAAAGCAACUUCCUUACUUUCGGAUCGAAACCAUGGCGUGUUACUAUGCGGCGUUACCUUAGUCACAGAAAUGUGCGCACUAGAUCCAGAAGCCCUUCAGACUUUCCGCAAGGCAGUUCCUUUGUUGGUCCGCCAUCUCAAGGCACUUGUCACCACUGGAUAUUCUCCUGAACACGACGUAUCCGGAAUCACCGAUCCCUUUCUGCAAGUCAAAAUCCUACGACUCUUGAGGGUGCUGGGCAAAGGGGAUUCUCAUGCCAGUGAAACGAUGAAUGAUAUCCUGGCUCAGGUUGCGACAAAUACUGAAGCAGCUAAAAAUGUUGGAAACUCGAUCUUGUAUGAAGCUGUACUCACUAUCUUGGAAAUCGAAGCUGAAUCUGGCCUACGAGUGAUGGCUAUCAACAUCCUGGGGAAGUUUUUGGGCAAUAGAGAUAACAAUAUUCGUUACGUAGCUUUGAACACGCUCAACAAGGUCGUGGGAAUAGACACGAAUGCCGUUCAGCGCCAUCGAACCAUCAUUCUCGACUGUCUGCGUGACGGGGACAUAUCGAUCCGACGACGAGCCCUGGAGCUCUCAUAUGCGCUUGUCAAUGAGCAAAAUGUGAGAGUAAUGAUCCGGGAACUCUUGGCCUUUCUUGAAGUCGCGGACAACGAGUUCAAACUCGGGAUGACUACUCAAAUCUGCCUUGCUGCCGAGCGAUUUGCACCUAACAAAAGGUGGCAUAUUGAUACAAUGCUGAGAGUUUUAAAAUUGGCUGGUAACUACGUCAGAGAAGAAGUUUUGUCCGCGUUUGUUCGUCUAGUCUGUCACACCCCCGAACUGCAAGCAUACACGACCCAAAAGCUUUACUUGGCGCUGCGUCAAGACGUAUCUCAAGAGUCCUUAACAUUAGCGGGGCUAUGGGUGAUUGGAGAGUUUGGCGAACUGAUGCUCAAAAGCCACGGAGGUGGGGUCGCAAUGGAGUCAGAAGAGGCCAUUCCAGAAGUUCAAGAUUCGGACAUCAUUGAAUUGAUCGAUCUCGUUCUACUUUCGCCCUAUCCCAAUCAAACAAUUAGGCAGUUCUCAUUGACUGCAUUGGCAAAGCUCUCUUCACGACUCUCUCCUUCUUCUUACGCGCAAUCAACCAUCACUCAAAUUCUCGCCAGGUUCACAUCUUCCGCGGAAUUAGAAAUCCAGCAACGGGCUGUCGAGUUCAGUCAGCUGUUGUCAAUGCACGAGAUCAAGACCGGCGUUUUGGAGAGGAUGCCACCCCCUGAAUUGAAGGCCUCGGUCAUGGGCACCGUCAGUGAGAAGCGAGCAGUCGGAUCUACCCGAGUGGACAAGGACUCACUGGUUGAUUUAAUGGGAGAUGAGAUCACCACUUCCCCAACAAGGGGAGAGACGACUGGAGGAGCAACUACGCAAACUACGCAAGAUUUAUUAGCCGACAUUUUUGGCGGCGGAGCAGGUGACGUCAGUUCACCUGUGGCCAAUCAACCACCCAAGUCUUCAGUCAACGACAUUCUCGGACUGUUCGGUGGCGAGUCCACACCAGCAGCCCAGGCUCCACCCACAUCUUCAAUGUUUGGCGGUGAACUUUUGGGAAGCGGCAAUGCUGAACAACUGCCCGUGCUCCCGAGGAACUACAUCGCCUACGACCAAAACGGCUUACAAAUCUCGCUCGUUCCCCAAAAGGCUCCCAACACCAACAAUAUCCUCGACGUCACCGCUCAGUUUGUCGCUAAUGGCCUUGGUCCUAUCCAAAACGUCAUCUUUCAAGCUGCCGUCCCCAAAACCCAAAAAUUGAAAAUGUUGGCAAUAUCUAAUGCGGACAUUAGUCCAGGGAUUACCGAAACACAGCAACUCAGAAUCAUGUUCACCCCAGGUGCUACAAUUCGAUUGAGAUUGAGGAUCUCGUACACCAGCAAUGGAGAAGCCAAGCAAGACCAGACCGACUUUACUUUCCCUGCUUCAGUGACUGCAUGA